AUGGCCAAGUCCAAGACCCACACCACACACAACCAGUCCCGGAAAUGGCACAGAAAUGGCAUCAAGAAACCCCGGUCACAAAGAUACGAAUCUCUCAAGGGGGUCGACCCCAGGUUCCUGAGGAACAUGCGCUUUGCCAAGAAGCACAACAAGAAAGGCCUGAAGAAGAUGCAGGCAAAUAACGCAAAGGCCGUGAGCGCACAUGCGGAGGCCGUCAAGGCCCUGGUGAAGCCCCAGGUGGUGAAGCCCAAGGUGCCAAAGGGCCCCAGCCGCAAACUCACUGUCUCGCUUUCAGCUUUCAUCGCUCACCCCAAGCUUGGGAAGCGGAUUAGAAGCUACAUGGCCAGGGGACGUAGGCGCCAAAAAACAAAGCCCAAGGUUCAAGCCAGGGCAGAGGCCUCAGCUGCAGCUCAGGCUCCCAAAGGUGCCCAGGCCCCUGUGAAGGCCCCUAAAAAGGUCUCAGUCUGCCGAUGUGAAGAGAUGGACUGGUGUGGAUAUCUACACAGUGUCUGCAGAUGGUGGGAGGGGGGAGGGCGCUCUCCACAGGGCCAGGGACCCAGUGAGCCAAGCUCCUUCCAGGUCUUGCCCUCAGUAUCUAGAAAUAAGGACAGUCCUGCCCUACUUCCUGAACAGACCAGUUCCUGGGACCUGGCCUCCAGAGGGUCAGCAGUUCUCCACAGCAUGCCUUCGAAGCCCACAAGAGGCAGUGAGCUCCUCUGUCAUGGCCCAGGUGACCGACAAAGCUGUCCACACAAAUUCCCAGAAGCGAAUGCACGGGGUCAUGGGGUACGGACGCAUUUAAAGACUCUUGAGACAGAUCAAAUUCCUGUCUCCAGAGAUGCUUCCAGCCUUUCAGGCAGUGCCAAAGGCCGAGCCCAUGGCAAUGGAGCCCCACUCACUGUGGACUGGACUUGA